CCCUGCCAUCACCUGUUGUUGUUUUGCUUGUGGUUGCAAUUGUUAUCAAACCGCAAACAGAUAACAUUUAAUAGCAGCAAUAUGAGCAAAGUCAGCAACAUCAUGCGUUUGGUGCUGUUGCAACUGCGGGGAUCCAAGGACAAGGUAGCCAAUGUCAAAAAUGCUGCCAGGACAAUUGAAGCGGCGGUCAAGGAGCACCACCCACGAUUGAUCACCCUGCCUGAGUGUUUCAAUGCUCCCUACGGCACGAAGUACUUCAGGGAGUAUUCCGAGACCAUCCCUGAUGGCUACACCUGCCAGGAGCUCUCGAAUCUGGCCAAGAAGCACCAGGUUUAUAUCGUGGGUGGAACUAUACCGGAACUGGGCGAAAAUGAUGCCAUCUAUAACACCUGUACGGUGUGGUCACCCACUGGUGACCUGGUGGCCAAACACCGGAAGAUGCACUUAUUCGACAUCGAUGUCAAGGGCGGUAUCCGCUUCAAGGAAUCAGAAACCCUGUCCGCAGGCAAUGACUUCACUACCAUCGAUGUUGAUGGCCACAAGAUUGGCAUUGGCAUCUGCUACGACAUCCGGUUCGAGGAGAUGGCCCGGCUCUAUCGCAACGCAGGCUGUGAGAUGAUCAUCUAUCCGGCUGCCUUCAACAUGACCACCGGCCCUCUGCACUGGGAGUUGCUCCAGCGAGCCCGUGCCAAUGAUAACCAACUCUUUGUAGUGACCACUUCACCAGCCAGGGAUGCCAGUGCCGAGUAUGUGGCCUAUGGCCAUUCUAUGGUGGUGGAUCCUUGGGCCAAAGUGCAGCAGAGUGCCAGCGAUGGCGAGGAGACUGUGGUGGCGGACAUCGACUUUUCCCUGGUGGAGCAAGUCCGUCAGCAAAUUCCCGUCUUUGGGCAAAGGCGUCUGGAUUUGUACGGCACUGAAAAGAAGUCCAAGUAAAGGAUUCUUAACCUUUGCCUUAACGAUUUAAAUCCAGGAGAAGAAUUGUAAUCUUAACCAUUGUUUUAAAUCCUAGAACUGAAUAGAAAUCUUGCAUUUAUGUUUGUUGAUUGUAUACAAAAUUUAAUAGUCCUAAACACAUGUUACACUGA